AUGUUCAACAUGGACGCAAACCCGGUUCUCGUUUCUCACCCAGCGCCUGGCGUAGUGAAACUCACCCUUAAUCGCCCCAGAGCCCUAAACGCAAUCAGUGUUGACUUGCUGGACGGUCUCACGUCAUCUCUGAGGGAACAUGCGAGCGCUCGCAUCAUCAUACUCGAAGGUGCUGGAGAUCGUUCGUUCUGUGCUGGGGAGGACUUAAAGCAGACCCUCGCCCCGAAAACAGGUUCUGGCGAAGAGCUGCGCGGGGCAUUCCAAAAGCUGCAGGAUAUCACACGGCUGACAGCAUCUGCUUCGGCGACUAUAAUAGUAGCUGUACAGGGAUAUGCCAUCGGCGGUGGUGCCGAGAUUGCAUUGGCAGCUGACUUUGUUAUCGGCGGUCCCAACGCCCAGUUCAAGUUUCCAGAAGCAACUAUCGGUCAUGCAGUCACAGGCGGCAUCUCAUUGCGGCUUGUUUCUAUGGUGGGGCUCCUCAAGGCGAAACAACUGCUUAUGUUGGGUAAUUUUACCGGGGCCGAAGAAGCACUGAGAAUUGGCCUUCUUACAGAGAUUGCACAAGAUCCUAAGCAACGAGCAUUGGAGCUAGCCCUGGAGUUAGCAAUGCUGCCUGGGAUUGCGGCAACAAACUCCAAAACCUCGGUAGAGAGGGCGGUUUUUUCAAAUAUGGAAAAUGUACUUCAUGAUGAAGUCAAUGUUGCUAGCUACUGCUUCGCACAGAGUGAGGCUGCCGACGCCUUCAGUAAAUUUGCUAGCAGGAAAGCAACUUCCACCAAGACAGAUAGCAAGUGUGAACCCAAGAAGAACUCUAUCAAGUCUACUGGAUUCCCACGCAAUGCUCCCGAGGAGGUUCUAGCCAAGCUUUCGGCUAUCAAAGACAUCAACACUGCAUAUAAAGUUGCCAUUGAUACCAUGGCCGAUCGAACCUUUCUCCGCUUUGGAGGCCGCGAUUUAUCUUUUAAGGAGUUCGAUGUAUCCGUUUCAGCGCUGGCAGGAGGCUUGAGAGAGAAAGGAGUUGGUUCGGGAGAUCGAGUGCUCGUCAUUAUGAGGAACAGCGUAGAGAUGGUUCACACGUGGAUAGCAACAAACCGACUUGGGGCCACCUGGGUGCCUGUGAAUGUGGAACUCAAGUCUGUUACACUUCAACAUGUCGUACAAGCUGCAGAUCCAAAGCUCGCCAUUGUUGACGCUGAAUUUUUCCACGAUAUUCAAUCAACCAACGUACUUGGGAAAGAGGACAUCUAUCUCAAAGGUGGAGCCAACUUUCAUGAUAUGAAAGCUCUAUAUCAAUUUGACAAGGCCAUUUCGGAGGCCGUUGAAGUGUCACCGUCUACUACGUCUGCUUUCCUAUACACAAGCGGAACAACGGGUCGCUCCAAGCCAUGCGUUUUGUCUCAUCACUAUUUUAUCCGUCAAGCCAUGCUUCUCAUAGAUAGCUUUGGAAUCCACGGAGAGGAUGUGCUUUAUUGUCCUUUCCCAUUGUUUCACGCAGAUGCAACCGCCCUCACAGUUAUUCCUGCCAUCCUCCUAGGUGCAGUAGCAGCACUCUCGACACGCUUCAGUGCGAGCCGAUUCUGGGAUGAGAUCAGGGCAACAAAGGCCACUGUGUACGACUUCAUGGGCGCCACUCUAGCACUGACAUACAAGCAGCCAACAAGCCCCCAAGACUUGGAUCACAGCGUUCGGCUUGCCUGGGGCGUACCAAUUCCAUCUUUUGCUGAAGAUUACGAACGACGGUUCGGUCAUCCUCUUUAUACACUUUAUGGCAGUGUUGAGGCUAGUAUACCCGUAACUCAAAAGGGUACUCGUGUACCUGGCUCGUGCGGAACUGUGAGCAAAGGGUUUCAAAUCAGAAUUGCAGACGAAAAUGAUGAGCCGGUACCGAAUGGCACCACGGGCCAGCUAUUACUACGCAGUGACUACCCCAAUGCGUUUUUUCAAGGCUAUUUCAAUAACUCUUCUGCAAAUGAGGGUACCUUUAAAAAUCUUUGGCUUCACUCUGGCGACUUGGCUACGAUUGACGAUGAGGGUAACGUAUAUUUUGUCGGCCGCUUAAAGGACGUCAUUCGCAGGCGUGGAGAGAAUAUCAAUGCUGCGGACCUCGAAGAGGAAUUCCUACGACACCCCGCUGUGAAGACUGCGGCUGCGUUUGCAAUUCCUAGCAAUCUAGGCUCCGGCACCGAAGAUGAUGUGAAGGUUGCUAUCCAGCUAUGUGAAAGCGCGGAAGUUGAUGAGGCUUCUUUAUGGGCUUGGUCAACUGAGAAUAUGGCACGAUUCCAAGUUCCAACUGUCAUCGAAAUUGUGCAGGAGAUCAAGAAGACACCAACUGGUAAGUUGGACAAGGCAACUCUCAGUCCUGAAGGUGGUCAGCGCUUUGAUAUUAGAAAUACCCGUCGCUAG